GACGUCCGGCUGCGAAGGUCAGGACCGUCCACACUGGGAGCUCUGGUUCCAGCUCAGGUUGAUCUUUACGAACCGGCUGAGGUGUUCUGAAGCUGCAGCCGGAGCCUUCUGGAUGUUUCUAUGAUUAUUCUGAUGGCCGACAGAUGAGCAGGAGCCAUAUGGACGCUCAGGUGAACACCCACACCUGGAUCCUCUGAGAACCUGCUGCCCAGUCGUACACGUUUACCAUUAAAGGCUCCAGACUUCAAGGAUGACAGAGGACAAGCUCCACAUAAUCUCAAAAAUACAAACCUACUUCAUCUUCUCCCUCACCUGAGAACCACUGACUCCCUCACCAUGCCAUCCAGAGUUGGACUUCCACCUAACAUCAGUGUCCCGCUGCUGCCCGACUUCCUUGACGCCUUCUCGCCCUCUCCCUCCAUCAUCCUUCCAUCUCCGUCCUGCAGCAUAGACGAGUCCUACAAGUACAUCUUCCUCCCCAUCUGCUACUCCUUCACCUUCAUCUUCAGCAUUUCCCUGAACUCCAUCAUCCUCUACCGCUCCUUUCGCCGCACCAAACGCUGGAACGCCUCCCUUAUCUACAUGGUCAAUCUGGCCUCCACAGACUUCAUGUACGGACUGUCGCUGCCAUUCCUUGUGGCGAGUUACGUGAUGCGAGAUCGCUGGGUGUUUGGGGACUUCAUGUGCCGCCUGGUUCGGUUCCUUUUCUAUUUUAACCUCUACUGCUCCAUCUUCUUCCUCACCUGUAUCUCUGUGCACAGGUACCUGGGUAUCUGCCACCCAAUGAGAGUCAUCACACUGGAGACGAAGAAGGCUGUGAAGUGCACCUGCGUCGUGGUUUGGAUCGUUGUGUUUGCUCUGACCUGUCCUAUCUUCCGCUUUGCUCAGACUGGUCAUGUGACAAGAUUGGCUGGGUUUGGAGGCAACGCCAGCAGCACAGUAAGCCUGAGCCACGAGGUUUCUUUGAUGAACGGUAAUUCCAGCAACGGGAACCUCGGCGUGGUGAUUGAGGAGUACCAGAACUGUUGGGACGAUGCCAUCGACAAGGAGUUCCCUGAUUAUGUACCGUACGGGAUCAUCCUCCAUCUGCUGGGUUUCUUUAUACCGUUUUCGAUCAUCGCUUGGUGUUACUCUCAUGUUGUUCUGACCAUAUUUAGGAGUCUUCACAUCCAGCCCUCGUCCAGCAGAGCUUCGAGAACAGGGGGACACGAAGGGAUACUUAGAAGAAGCAGCCCUGCAAUAGACGGACGAGGGAGAAGAGGAAGCAACGGCAUGUCGAGGACACGAGGGAGAGACGAAGGGGUUUCCAUUUUCCUCGGCGCCAACUCUCCGUACGCCAAUCGCAGACGCAAAUCCAUCAAGACCAUCAUCACUAUCACACUCCUCUUCGCCCUGUGUUUCUUCCCUUUCCAUGUCACCAGGACCAUCUUCCUCCUGCUGAAGGUGACCAAACGAGUCCCCUGUCACACCAUGACCAUGGUCUCCAUGUGCUAUAAGAUCACAAGGCCUUUGGCGUCGUUCAACGCAUGGCUCAACGCCCUCCUGUACUUCCUGACCAAAGACAAGGGCGGCGCUCACUGCUGCCACACGGUGAACUCUACCAACCACCAGCAUGGCGGGCUUCUGCUGCCCCUGAGGAUGAUGGGAAAAGGAAAGGAUGCAGAUGACGGAGGGGUGGACGGUGGAAUGGACGAUGAGGAGAAUAAAGCUUUACACAACAGUGGGCCGUACAUGAACAGAGCAAAGGUCCGGUUUAUAGUUGAGUGACUUUUCUCAGGAGGACGGGAGGAUGCACUGUAUGUGUUCUUCUUCUGGAAAUCAAAAUAUUAUAAAAUGUAUGAAAUGUGCACUGUAGACAAAGCAUUGAUUAAA